ACACGCCGCCGAUUUAUGCCGCAGUGACACAUCCACGUUCGACGAAGAUACAUCGGGUGCUCCGCGCACUGGAAUAUCGCGUUCAGUCGGUUUCGCUCGGUUUGAGGAUCGUCGGAAGCUCGUUGAUCGCCGCGACAAGAAUUUAAAUACAUAAUCAUUCGCACAUUUGUCAAGUGACGCGAGUGGAAAGUUGACACGCGCGCACACUCUCGCUCUUUCUCGUGAGCUUUGAGAUAUAACAUACAUAUAUAUAUAUAUAUGUGUGUGUAUAUAUAUACACACACACACGAAUGGAAUACUUGUUGAAUUUUCUUCAGUAACGAUCUCGAGUGAAUAUAUUUAGAAGGGAGUAUUUUAAAAAGAAAAAGAGACAAUAACUAAAAAAAUAAGAAAAAAAAAAACCGUCCGUACACCAUGCACGAUCAUAAGUUGGACGACAGUGUUAGCAGAGCCAAGACGCUUUUGAAGAGAAAAGAUACACAGGCAUUCCGCGAGAGAACCAAGAGGGAUGCCCUGAACGAGCUUCAACACGAGUUAGAGAAACUCGAGGAAACGGCGACAGGCGAGUUCAGGGAGGAGAUCCAUCGGCAGUUCGAAGGUUUUACCCACCUCUUCCAACGGUUCCUCCAGGAGGAAGGGCCCUCGCUAGAAUGGGAUCGUAUUCAGAAGCUGCCCGACGAUGCGAUAAGAGAUUACAAUUCCUUACCAACUCCAAAUGGGGAAGAAGUGAAGGCGUUUUUGAGCAAGUUGAUCGUUAUAAAGUUGAACGGUGGCUUAGGAACUAGUAUGGGAUGUCAUGGUCCAAAGUCUGUAAUAGCGGUACGUAACGGGCUUACGUUUCUGGAUCUGACUGUGCAACAAAUUGAGUACUUGAACAAAACUUACAACGCCAAUGUCCCGCUUAUUUUGAUGAAUUCCUUCAACACGGAUGACGAUACGCAACGAAUUAUUAGAAAAUAUAAAGGGAUAGACGUCGAUAUUCAAACGUUUAAUCAAAGCUGCUAUCCUCGUAUCAAUAGAGAUUCUUUGCUUCCAAUCGCGAAACACUGCGAUAUUGCUGAUGACAUCGAAGCGUGGUAUCCUCCUGGUCAUGGAGACUUUUAUGAAAGUUUCCGGAAUUCAGGUUUAUUAAAGAAAUUCAUAAAAGAGGGACGUGAAUAUUGUUUCAUUUCAAACAUUGAUAAUCUAGGUGCUACUGUGGAUUUCAAAAUUUUGAAACUACUGUUGGACAAACGUGAAGCCUCACCUCUUGAAUUUGUUAUGGAAGUUACUGAUAAAACUCGUGCCGACGUCAAGGGUGGAACGUUAAUCAAGUAUGAAGAUAAAUUACGCCUACUCGAAAUUGCCCAAGUUCCAAAAGACCAUGUAGAUGAUUUCAAAUCAAUAAAAACGUUCAAGUUUUUCAAUACAAAUAAUUUAUGGAUAAAACUUAGUGCUAUUGAAAGAGUAUUGGAAGAAAAUUCUUUGAAUAUGGAGAUUAUUGUAAAUAACAAGACGUUUGAACAUGGUUUAAAUAUCAUUCAAUUAGAAACUGCUGUUGGAGCAGCUAUGAAAUCAUUUGAAGGAAGUAUUGGUAUAAAUGUUCCACGCAGUAGAUUCUUACCAGUCAAAAAGACGUCAGAUUUAAUGCUUGUUAUGAGCAACUUGUAUACUCUUCGCAAUGGUUCAUUAGUAAUGAGUCCCCAACGAAUGUUCCCUACAACACCUCUUAUAAAAUUGGGUGAUAACCAUUUUGCAAAGGUUAAAGAAUUUCUUACUAGAUUCCCAGCUAUACCAGAUCUGUUGGAAUUAGAUCAUCUUACAGUGUCUGGUGAUGUUACUUUUGGAAAAGGGGUAACUCUAAAGGGAACUGUUAUAAUUAUUGCAAACCACGGAGAACGUAUCGAUCUCCCCUCAGGCACAAUUUUAGAAAAUAAAAUAGUAUCGGGCAAUUUACGUAUUUUGAAUCAUUAAGUGAAAAGAAACUAAAUCUGUUGCACAAUAUAAAGAUUAAGGAAAGAAUGCAUAUAGUGUAUAUUUAUUUAAUAAUAUUGCAAAUGGAAUGUGUACAAAAUUUAUAAGCUGAAAAUAAAUAAAUAAUUGUUAUAUAAAUAAACAAAAACGAUAACAAAA